AUGAGGCAUAGUCAUGGUUCAAUUCCUCCUCGACUAUUGGAAAACAAACUCGCUCAACAAGAAGCCGAAAUCGAGCGAAUUUCCGGUGACAAUCACAGAUUAUCAAUCACACAUAGAGCCUUAAGAGAUGCACUUGUUGAUGCUGCACAAGACGUGCAAAAGAUAAAAUCACACAUUAGAAGUACUCAAACUGAGAGUGAUAUUCAGAUUAGGGUUUUGCUUGAUAAGAUGGCGAAAAUGGAGGUUGAUAUAAGAGCCGGUGAUGUUGUCAAGAAGGAGCUUCAACAGGCUCAUAUGGAGGCGCAGAAUUUGGCUGCAUCUAGGCAGGAAUUGAGGGCACAAAUUCAAUUGGCCACUCAGGAAUUGAAGAUGGUUGUUGGUGAGGUUAAAAGUUUACCUGAUUUGCAUGCUGAAUUUGAUGGUUUAAUGCAAGAGCACAUAGUGAUACGUGACACAUUCGACUACGAAAAGAGCAAAAAUGUAGAGCUAGUAGAUCAAUUGAAAGCAAAAGAGAAGAAACUAAUAGCGAUGGCAAGAGAAGUUGAGAUGUUACGGUCUGAGAUUUUGAAUGCUGAGAAAAGAACAAAUGCAUCAAAUAUGUACGGAGCUGCUACCCCAGCAGAUGGCAGUGGUCCCUUUCUCGAUCAUUAUGGGAGAGCUCAUGGUCAGAUGGCUUUUGGCCAAAUAGGAGAGUCUAUGGUACCGGUUGGCGGCAGCAAUGGAGUAGCAGUUGUAAAUAGUGCUGAUGGUAGCGGUGCCGGUUGGGCGGGUCAAUAUGAUCCCUCAAUUGCUGGGAGGUGA